GAGGUGCCUUUCCCAGCCUCUUCCUCAAACAGACUUCAUCCUUCGUUGGUCUUUCAGGCGUUUUGCAGGAGCACACAGUUCACAAACGACUGGCAGCCAUGAGGAUCCUCUACCUGCUCUUUGCUGUUCUCUUCCUCCUUUUCCAGGCUGCUCCAGGUUCCGCAGAUCCUAUUUUUGCUGACACCGCAGAGUGCAGGAGCCAGGGAAAUUUCUGCCGUGUUGGGGCAUGCCCACCCACCUUCGCUGCCUCGGGGUCGUGCCACGGGGGGCUGCUGAAAUGCUGUUCGAAGUAA